AAAUAUGGCGUCUCUGCUGGAUGAAAUAUUGUUUGAAACUGCUGGACAAGGUCCACCUCCAUCUAAAGACUUCUACCAGCUUGUUAUCACACGGAAGGAGGUUAUAUGGAGAUGCUGGAAGAUUUCAAUCCGGGCUGAAUCCAGAGGAGCCCCACCGGGAGAAACUAAACAGUUCCACGAUGACUUUUUGAACGAUUCAAGGAUGCAAGAGCAGCUAGCUGUGGUGUUUGGCAGCGGGAUUCUGGAGUACACUCUGGCUCUGUGUCGAGGGCAUUUUGACUACCUGGAACGUUUACCAGACAAGCUGCUCCUUACAAUUCUUUCCUACAUUUCCUUACAGGACAUUGGGCACCUCAGCCAAACCUCAAACAGGUUUAGAAAGCUGUGUAACUCGGAGGAGAUCUGGAAGAAGACUGUGCUUGGUCACUGUGAUGGGAUAACUGAAGACAUGGAGAUGCUGGCAAAGGUCAUGGGUUGGAAGAAAAUCUUCUUUGGGUUUUACCAUGAGAAAGAUCCUGUCAGCACGGCUUCUCCUGCGAAGGAAGAAGAUAAUACCAAUAGGGCAUCUCCAUGAGUUAUUAAAAUCAGCAACUAUUAAAAAAGACAGGAUCAAACAUGUAUUUCUUUGGUCUAAUUUAGUCCAUUCUGUUGUACUGAGGCAGUGUUAACUUUUUAGUAUUAUUUUUACAUUUUCCUAUGUCAUUUUUACUGUUCACUUUUAAAGUGUGAUUCGUGAAGUUCAAUUACGUUUACUUUUUUUGUGAUUAAGAAUAGGAUUGAUUGAAACUAUAGACUGUAAAAGAUUCAAACUGCACGUCUGCCCUCUAGUGCUGACUGUUUUCAUGAACCACAAAGUGUAAAGUGACCAGAAGAUGGCGCACGUUAAUAAAAUAUGUGCAAAAACA